GAACCAAGAGGACGUGGAUUCCAUCAUGCUGGAAUUUGAUGGUACUCCGAAUAAGUCCAAGUUUGGGGCUAAUGCCAUAUUGGGAGUGUCUCUAAGCGUGUGCAGAGCUGGCGCCGGAGCAAAAGGAAUUCCUUUAUACAAACACAUUCAGGAACUAUCUGGAACUAAGGAGCUUGUUAUGCCUGUCCCUGCUUUCAAUGUUAUUAAUGGAGGAAGUCAUGCUGGUAACAACUUGGCAAUGCAAGAGUUCAUGAUAUUACCAGUAGGUGCCUCUUCAUUUGCAGAGGCUCUACAAAUGGGUAGUGAAGUUUAUCACAUCCUGAAGGGCAUCAUCAAGGCAAAGUAUGGCCAAGAUGCGUGCAAUGUUGGAGAUGAAGGGGGAUUUGCCCCAAAUGUUCAGGAUAAUAGGGAGGGACUUGUAUUACUUGUUGAUGCAAUCGAAAAAGCUGGUUACACUGGCAAGAUCAAAAUAGGUAUGGAUGUUGCAGCAUCAGAAUUCUUCAUGAAAGAUGGAAGAUAUGACUUGGACUUUAAAAAUGAGCCAAAUGAUGGGUCCAGCGUAUAUACGGCUCACAGCCUGUGUGAAUUGUACAAAGAGUUUGCUAGGGACUUCCCAAUUGUUUCCAUUGAAGAUCCUUUUGACCAAGAUGAUUGGAGCUCAUGGGCUUCAUUGUGUUCUUCAGUUGACAUUCAACUAGUCGGGGAUGAUUUGCUGGUUACUAAUCCAAAAAGGAUAGCGGAGGCAAUCCAGAAGAAGGCUUGCAAUGGUUUGCUCUUGAAAGUUAACCAAAUUGGAACUAUCACAGAAUCCAUUCGGGCUGCUCUCGAUUCGAAAGCUGCAGGAUGGGGUGUGAUGGUCAGCCACAGGAGUGGUGAGACUGAGGACAAUUUUAUUGCAGACCUCUCCGUUGGCCUAGCAAGUGGGCAGGUGUGCAGUCUUAUUGUGUUUUUUGCAUCUUGGGCAGUGUUUCAUACGAGUCAAGAAAUUGAGUUUUUUCGUGUCAUUUUCUUUCAGUCGAGAAUGUGAAUCUCAAUAAUUUUA